AUGGACUCUGCAUGUGCUUCAAAUGGGAAGAACAAGAAAGGCAAGAUUAAGCUGGCACAUAGUCAACGACAGAGUGCCAGCGAGAGGGAGAAAAUGAGAAUGAGGACUAUCUCUAAAGCUCUGCAGAACCUCAGAAGAUAUCUUCCACCUUCAGUGGUCCCAACUGACAAAAAUCUUACAAAAAUAGAAACCCUUCAACUGACGAUCCGCUACAUCUCGCAUCUUUCUGCGCAGCUAGGGCUCAGUGAAGAAGUUCUGGAGCAACGAAGACGGGCAGCAAUUCAGGGGACUAACAGAAGCCUACAUAAUCAUAUCAGCCGUAUGGACCAAAAUCACAGAGUUUCUUGGGAGGAAACUGAACAAAUCUACAAGUCAGUUUCAUGCGCAAGCCCAGUGAUUGAAACAGAACAUUUUCCAGUUGAUAAUGAUGUACAGAAUACGCAAGGAAGUCGCCAGAUGCCCUGUCAAGUGCCGCAGACCUCAAAAGUGGAGUCCGGUCCUCCACUAUAUCAAUAUCCAGCAAUAAACACAUCUUUGGCCCAGUCUGA